ACACGGUAAGAUGGGGUAGUAACGGAGUAGUGUUUCCGUACUUGUUGUGGCUGGAAAUAAGCAGCAGUUUACAGAUCUUGUGUGCUCUACGACUUACCGGAAGCAGAUACAUCAAUUCUAUACAGAGUUUAGCGAUAUGGAUUAAGCAGAACUAGAAAAUAUAUUUAUAGCGCUAGGCAUACGGCUGAAUAGACGAAAGUGGGUGACUUAAGUGGAUAAUUUUAAGUGGAUACACAUACGGUGGUAUAAGGAGAGUACAGUACCGACUAGUGGUGAGCAAGAGCGUUAUUCAAUACAUUAACAUGCUUAUUAGUAUAAUUAUUUCACCCUUAUCAUUCACUAGUAACGCCGUACGCGUUUACCGUUUAAUUUAUGUUGGGUUCAAUGUGUAUCCUGUGUAAGAUCCUUACAAAAAUCGGGACCACUAUCCAUCUUCGACUGGAUGUGGAUGACUGCAGGCGUUUUUUUUUCGUUUGUUUUGGAUUUGUUAUCUAUGCUCCUCAACAAUGGGGCCUUAGCGGUUAAGUACGGGAAGAAGUAAGAGUAUUGGGAAGUGAAUAGAGAAGCUACAUUUGGAAUGCCAAUUGCACAUUGGUUCACAUCAAAUUUUGCCAUUUUAAUUAUGUAGGUUUUUUGCGUUUCUCGCGGGGGGGGGGGGGGGGGCACGAGCGUGAAGAAGUAGUGUCCGUUAUCCUUAAUGAGUUAGUUAGGACCACACCAGCACACACGGAGCUGCAGCAACACAAAACACAACGUAGAUCAUUUAGUAAGCGAAUAAGCCAAGCUGGUUCGCGCGAUACGAUCGAUCGCAUUUUGGGAUGGCGGAAUACGGGAGACAGUGUUCCGUGUUCCGUGGGUGGUUUUUGUACAUUUGUUUUAAGAUGUGUUUCAUUUGUUCCCAUUUGCUGCGCACCGGUUUCGAGUAUCGAUGACCGAUAUUUCGGCUUGGUCCGGAGUGUGGUGCGCGCUCCGGGGCCUUUUCUCCUUUUUUUUUUUUAGCAUCAUCAUCCAGCAUGAUCAUGCCACAUUUAUUAAACUAAUUCCAUGUGCAUGACUUAAGACAAAAAAAGAGAAAGUAUGCUAAAAACACGGUCAAUUAUGUUACCUAACACAAUGCGUGUGUGGAAGUGAGGGAGAGAGGAAGAGAAAGAGAUCGUAAAGGGGUUUAGUUUCGUACUUUAUUGUAGCGUCCAUUGCGUACCGCCUCACAUGUGCAGCUGUUGGCCUCCUGAAUCUUCCUCUAGUUUUCGCGCCACUACCAUCGCUCUCACAACCAUAACCUAACACAACACAAAACCAAUCCACCGGAGUCGACGCACCGGAUGAAAAUAAACCACAAAGCACGGCGGUACGAGCACUGCCUCUAAUCUGUUCCACUGACUCGGUGGCAUUUGCACUUUGGCUCUUUUAGUCUGUGUUUGUCUGUGUGCAUGUAUUUGCAGUGAUUCCGGGCAUCGGUUUGCCUAGUGCAUCAUCGACUUCAAAGACGAUUGCACAUGCACAUCGUGCAGUUAUUUAUAGCCCAGCUGCUGCCCAGACCAGACCCUUCUAAUGUUUUUUUGGGUGGCAAAAACCCAUCUGAUCGAUCGCGCUGCACAGCGCUGAUGCGAUGAAUGCGAAUGAUGCGUUGCUAUAGUUGCACUACCGAUUAGCGUAACCGUGGAAAGCAUUUACCAGACGUUCACUGAUGGCGACAGUGUCUCGAUUCCACGAUUUCCAUUGAUUAAUCCGAGAAUCGAGCCGGUAGCAAAGUGCAUCCAAAGCGAAAACACACAACCGUCGCGGGAAGCAACAAGCUGCAGGGGUGACCGCAGAGCAGAGAGGACAGUGAGAGGGAACCAUUGCAUCGCACCAUGGGGGCGCGAAUGGGCGCGUUGGCUUAUGAUUUGGGGUGGGCUUUAGUUUUUGUAGUUUAUGGUUAAAGAGAAAAAAUGUGUUUUUUUUUUGCUAAAUUUAAGCAUCCUCGACUUAAGUACCAUAAGCAUUAAGGUUGUAGUUUUGUAGCAUUUUGCGUUUGUGGCCCCCAAACCGCACCUUUCUUUUUUGUUCUUCGCUCAUAAGUGACAUCAGAAGCAGCAGGCCCAGCCUCACGCCAGACAGCCGCAGACAGUCGUCGAGACAGACGGAAUACGGACGAGACGAGACACUGCACAGAGAGAGAGAGAGAGAGAGAGAGAGAGAGAGAGAGAGAGAACGAGACGCAUUCGCGAUGCGAAACCAGAGGCAGACGCCAAUCGAUAUGGGAACGUUUUAAGGGGAGACAGUGAGAUAAAAACUAUACUGUAAUGCAGCAAGUGAAAUGCAGCUGCCCAAUCGAAGGAAGAAGAUGAAUGAGAAACAGAGACAGAAAUAAAAAUUUCCUCACUUACA